CACCCUCCUCCGCCAAUUGUUCCCUAGCUAGCCAAGCAGACACCUUCCACUCCCAUUACUCCUCCCCCGCUCUCCCUAGCGCAAUGGCCACCGCCCUGAGCAGCCUCCGCGCGCCGGCCUUCUCCCUCCGCCUCGCCCCGGCACCGGCUCCCGCCACCGUCGCACUGCCCGUGACGACCGGCAAGGUGGCCCGCGGCGCCAGGCUGCGCGCGCAGGCGACGUACAACGUGAAGCUCAUCACCCCCGAUGGGGAGGUGGAGCUGCAGGUGCCCGACGACGUCUACAUCCUUGACCAGGCCGAGGAGGAAGGGAUCGACCUGCCCUACUCCUGCCGCGCGGGUUCCUGCUCCUCCUGCGCCGGCAAGGUCGUCUCCGGCUCGGUGGACCAGUCGGACCAGAGCUUCCUCGACGACGACCAGGUCGCCGGCGGAUGGGUGCUCACCUGCCACGCGUACCCCACCUCCGACGUUGUCAUCGAGACGCACAAGGAGGAGGAGCUCACCGCCUGAUCGAUAUGAGCUACCUAUCUAUAUCUGUCGUCUGUCUUGCAAGAGUUGACGCCGACGCCGACGCCGGAGAAAUUUCAUAAUACUAUCAUGCAUGUCAAUGUCAGCAUGAGACCGAGCUUGCAUCGACAGUACAGGUCCCUAGCUCUGCGUGUGUGCUUGGUUUCUAUAAUUCAUUUUUACUGCGCAUGCAUGAUCUAUUAUUUCGCUCAAGUAUUUAAUAAUGUAUUUGUUCCUCUCUUUUUUUUGUACCUUGCCCGCGCGCGACACAAACGGUCAUAUAGUAUAAUCUAGUGCCUGUAGUAUUCAUCUCCUGCAGUAAAUUAAAGCUUUCUGUUGCUGGUU